AAGCGCACAUGGCGAAGUGUGGCUGCUCCGGUUCUGGAGGGGAUGGCAAGUCCGCUUCACUACUCUCCAACAUCCCCUCAUCCUGCCGCUCCUUGCCAUACCAUAACCACAAGAGCAACACCUCCACAACAUCCAGCUAACACGUGCAUGUGGACGUCCCCCCUCCCCCCCCAAAAAACGCCUCCUCCAAAACGUCGGCUGCAGGAAGGAAAAGUUUGUGACAGCUUCUUUCUUGGAGUGACAGUCUGCCACAUCUCAUUGGAGUUUUGGUGGUGAAGGUUUUUUUUGUCCUCCUCCUUACUUCACGACUGUGAACUGCUGUGACCUGUUUCUCCUCCUGUCACCUGUGUGAAGUGUCUGGUCGCGCUGCUUUGACACCGGAGUCUGACCGGAGCUUUCCCCCGGCUUCAGCUCACCGAGCCCGGGCAUCAUGAGGACCUGGAGGCGGCGGAAGAACUUUGCCUUUCUGCUCUUCGCUCUCCGCGUCUGCUGCUGCCUUUCCACGGCGACGGAAAAUGCUGACAACAAGGUUUACAACAAUCAGGAUGGAAGUAGCCCAGACAAGGCUAAACAGCGAGGGGAAGCAACCAAACCAGACCGCUAUGGGACCACUGUACCUCUGCUGCUGAAGGGCAAGGAACGCAGACCUUUCCUCCAGCUCACCACCAGGGGUCAUCCUGCGUCACUCCAGCUGCUGGUGCGUGCGGAAGGUGAACAGCUGAUUCUGCUGUUGGAGAAAAAUGAGGGUCUUUUUGCAAGCCAUUACACUGAGACACAUUACCGGGAGGAUGGAAGUGCAGUCACCGGUGCUCACAACUUCACGAAUAACUGCUAUUACCAUGGGGAAGUGCAGGAGCAUCCAAACUCUGAUGUCACCCUCAGCACCUGCUCAGGCCUUCGAGGCUUCAUCGCACUUGAAAACAAGACAUUUAUAAUUGAGCCGGCGUCUGGACACGAUGACGGUGUCCACCUCAUCUACCGAGUGGAAGAACUCACACUGACCUCGGGAUCCUGCGGCCACGGCUUCAACAUGUCCUCUGUUGCCCCUGAAAACCACAUCAAAAGCCCCUUUCAAUCCUUCCACACAAGGCAUAAACGGCACACUCAGAAGACAACCAAGUACGUUGAGCUGAUCAUUGUUGCAGACAACAGAGAGUUUCAGAAACAGGGGAGGGACGUGGAGAAGGUGAAACAGAGACUGGCAGAGAUAGCCAAUUAUGUGGACAAGUUCUACAGGGCCCUGAACAUCCGGGUGGCCCUGGUGGGUCUGGAAGUGUGGAGCGACUCUGAUAAAUGUCCCAUCACCCAGGAUCCCUUCACCACCCUGCAUGAGUUCCUAGACUGGAGGAAAGUCAAGCUGUUGCCACAGAAACCUCACGACAACGCUCAGCUCAUAAGCGGGGUUUACUUCCAGGGCACCACCAUUGGCAUGGCGCCCAUUAUGAGCAUGUGCACAGCUGAGCAGUCCGGCGGUAUCGUCAUGGAUCACUCUGAGAACCCACUGGGUGCAGCUGUGACAUUGGCACAUGAGCUGGGACACAAUUUCGGGAUGAACCACGACACCCCAGAGCGUGGUUGUGGCUGCAGGAUGACUGUUGAUCGUGGAGGCUGCAUCAUGACCCCAUCAACAGGGUAUCCAUUCCCAACAGUGUUCAGUACUUGCAGUAAAAAGGACCUUGCUGCCAGUCUGGAGAAAGGCGUCGGCAUGUGUUUGGACAACAUGCCAGAGGUGAAGGUGCUCUAUGGAGGCCAGAAGUGCGGCAACGGCUAUGUUGAGGAGGGAGAAGAGUGUGACUGUGGGGAGCCAGAGGAAUGUAUGAACCCAUGCUGCAACGCCACCACAUGCACCCUCAAGGGAGACGCCGUUUGCGCCCACGGACAGUGUUGUGAAGACUGCAGGCUUAAACCAGCUGGCACCCUGUGUCGAGAGUCCAGUAACUCCUGUGACCUGCCAGAGUUCUGCACUGGUGCCAACCCUCACUGCCCAGCCAACGUUUAUCUGCAUGAUGGGCACGCCUGCCACAGCGUCGAAGGCUACUGCUACAACGGCAUCUGCCAGACUCACGAGCAACAAUGCAUCACUCUGUGGGGACCAGGAGCCAAGCCUGCCCCUGGGAUAUGCUUCGAGCGAGUCAACUCUGCAGGAGAUCCUUACGGGAAUUGCGGGAAGGACUCCAAAGGCUCCUUUGCCAAAUGCGAUGCAAGGGAUGCAAAGUGUGGUAAGAUUCAGUGCCAGGGUGGAGCCAACCGGCCAGUGAUCGGAACAAACGCCGUUUCCAUUGAAACCAACAUCCCACUACAAGAGGGAGGGCGUAUUCUGUGUCGAGGAACGCAUGUUUACCUGGGCGAUGACAUGCCUGAUCCUGGGCUGGUUCUGUCUGGCACAAAGUGUGGAGAUGGCAUGGUGUGCCUGAAUCGCCAGUGCCAGAACGUAAGCGUCUUCGGUGUGCAUGAGUGCUCUGGGAAAUGCAAUGGACGUGGGGUGUGCAACAACAAGAAAAACUGCCACUGUGAAGCACACUGGGCUCCUCCACUCUGUGAGAAAGCGGGCUUCGGUGGGAGCAUCGACAGCGGGCCAAUGAGACUGGCAGCUGACAGUGUGGUCAUUACUGUGGCAAUCCUGGUUACCCUGGUCAGCCUUCUGGUAACCACCGUCGUCAUAUUUCUGAAGAGGAAGACUCUGCUGCGCCUGCUCUUCACCAAUAAGAAGAGCACCUUGGAAAAACUCAGAUCUGUGGAGGCCAGCAGGCCAACAAGUCCCAUCAGGACUCAGUCCAUGUACAGGCCCACCCCACAGCGCAAGCCUCCACCAAAACCCUCCACAGCCAACAUUUAUAAGCCAUCUCUCCUGAGUGCGGAGCCUCUUCUCCCCCCACACAACUUCCACUCUCACAGCCUGCGCAGACUGCCCCUUUACCAGCCCUUACACAUCAGCCAGCCCAUGCCGGUGUCUCUGAGCGUGGGCCAGCCCACUCUGCCUCCUCUGCCAGCCCACCACAGGGUCCUGCCCACCCACACGUCCCUCUCACCAUCUCGAGUGCCACCUUUUCUCAGCCUGCCGCGCCAGCAGCCAUCGUACAGACUAGACCAGGACUUUGAAAAACCCAGUCCACCCCAGAAACCCCUACCUGCAGACCCACUCGGGAGGAGCUCUCGGUUGGGUCACAGUGUCACCGCAGCAGGGGUCCACCUCCCCGGAACUGGACCGCUCCCCAUACCUAUCCCCACUGUGCCCAGGCCGCCACCCACCAUCCCUUUACCCAGCAGACCUGUGCCGAUGUUGCCCUACAGACCACCAAAGACUCAGAAGGACUGCUGAGCUCUUGACGUCACGGACGAGUUCAUCUCUGACCAACAGACAGAGACUUUCUUGAUUUGCACUAAUUACUGAGACUCUGUAAGACCUUUUGGACAGUCGGAAGCAUCACAGAGUUCCCAGUAAAAGGGGGCUAACAUCACACCUCGGUGCUACGCCUCUAAAAGGUGCUUUGUUGUCCUCGCUCAGGUACCAAUGAACUAUUUAUCUAUUUAACUAUUUAACUGCAAUGUUACCAGUUUGUGCACAGAGCACUCUGACCAAGAGUGGAAAAAUUUAGAAAAGAAGGAAAGAUGGUGUGAUUAAGGAUAUUUCUUUUGCAUUCCUUGGUGAUUUUUAUACUUUUUUUCUCAAACAAAAUGCUGAAAUAUAUGAUGUUUUUAUAACCAGUUAAGUUGCUUGAAUAAGUGAAGCGCAAAAAAAGUUUGUCUUUGGACUGAAAUGAAGAUAAAGGGA